AAAAAACAAGGGUGUUGAAAAAAAGGACGAUGAACACAAAGAAGGUUCUUCUUAAACUAUAGAAAUAUUCUUCAGAAACAUGUCAAUUAAUGACAUAAAUAUAGUUCGCAAUAUAAUUUUCUGUCAAUCAAUUGUCAAUUAUGCUGUAUUAUAGGAAGUUAUUAUAGAAUUAAUUUUAUACAUAAAUACGUGUUGAAUUUUAAUAACCACGAAAAUGUUAACCUACAGAGUAUUACGUAAUUUAUCCAAUAUACGAGGGGCUCAAUUAAGUCGACUUAUAAAUAUAAAACAAAUCUACAAUGGUAACCAGCUUAGACCUAUAACUUUUAAACAUCGGGUUGUCGACGACGAUACAGUUUGUCCAAAUUUAAUGAGAGGUAUUGACUAUACUCGAAUACCACAUUUUAAUAAGGGUCUUGCAUUCACAAUGGAAGAGCGACAAGUGCUAGGAAUACAAGGAUUGCUGGCAGCUAACGUCAAAACACAAGAAGAACAGCUCGCAAUCUGCACUUACUCAGUAGAUAGAUAUAAAAAUCCAUUAAAUAAAUAUCUUUACUUAUCAGAGUUACUGGACACGAAUGAGAAAUUGUUCUACAAAUUACUAGGUUCAAAUAUUGAGAAGUAUUUGCCAUUAGUUUAUACUCCAACUGUUGGGUUGGCGUGUCAAAGGUUCGGUCUAGUUUACAGAAGGCCUAGAGGCCUCUUCAUCACAAUACAUGACAAAGGGCGGAUUCACAAAAUUCUUAGGAAUUGGCCAGAAAAAAACGUGCGUGCAAUCUGUGUUACUGAUGGCGAGAGAAUACUGGGUCUAGGUGACCUUGGUGCUUACGGUAUGGGUAUACCGGUGGGCAAACUGUGCUUGUACACCGCAUUGGCUGGAGUCCCGCCUGCGCAGUGCUUACCAAUAACAUUGGAUGUAGGCACUAAUAAUCCAUUGCUUCUAGAAGAUCCGUUGUACAUAGGUUUACGAAAAGAACGAGUUACCGGAAAAAGAUACGACGAAUUUAUCCAAGAGUUUAUGGAAGCGUGCACGCGCGUCUACUCGCAGAAUGUGCUUAUACAAUUCGAAGACUUUGCCAUCCACAACGCUGGCCGACUUCUAAACAAAUACAAGGCUUCAUAUUGCACUUUCAAUGACGACAUACAAGGCACUGCAAGUGUCAUUGUCGCGGGGAUGUUCGCAGCUUGCAGAAUUACUAAGAAAAAGUUUCAAGACAACAUUUAUUUGUUUCUUGGAGCCGGAUCUGCAGGUGUCGGUAUAGCAAAUUUAAUAUGUGAUGCGAUGGUAGAGGAGGGCAUUUCCAGAGAGGAGGCUAUAAGUAAAAUUUACAUGUUCGAUGUCGAUGGUCUACUCUCUACAAGACGACCUGGUGGAGUACCACCACAUGCUAUUAAAUAUGGAAGGAAUAUAGAACCAACCCAAGAUUUCGAGGGCUUUGUGAAGACUAUUAAGGCAACCUGUCUUAUUGGUGUAUCAACAGUGGGUGGUGCCUUUACACCUCCAAUAUUGCAACAGAUGGCAAGAAAUGCUGAACGACCACAAAUAUAUGCACUGUCAAAUCCAACGUUAAAAGCUGAGUGUACUCCACAGCAGGCUUACGAUUACACAGAGGGUCGCUGUAUUUAUGCAUCAGGCUCUCCCUUCCUGCCUGUGAAUUAUAAGAACAGGCAGUACAUCACUGGACAAGGUAACAACUCCUACAUAUUCCCGGGAGUGGCGUUGGGAACGCUACUUUGCUACUCACAUCAUGUACCCGACAGCAUGUUUUUGACGGCUGCCAAGACUUUAGCUCGUAAUGUUUCUCAAAGAGAUUUAGAUGUUGGAAGGAUUUAUCCGCCGCUCAAUAACAUAUGGGAGUUAUCAUGUAAAAUAGCAGAAGCAAUCAUUGAACGCGCUUACUGUUUGAAUCUUGCCGGCAAAUAUCCCAAACCAAAAGAUCUGGCACAAUUUGUUAGAGAUAAUGUGUAUGACACAAAGUAUUCCAGCUACUUGCCAGACUUAUACAGCUAUCCCGAAGAGGGAUCUAAGAUAAAAGUAAAAACAAUAAGUGAUAUGGUAGCAGCAUUUAAGGUGAAAAAUAAAUCAACAUUAGAGCAAGCGCAAGAUAUGAAGACUUCGUGAAUGAUUUGAAAUCUUCUUGCUCAUAU